UUUAAUGUAAAUUGAAUUAUCCAUACAUUAUUAUAAAAACGCUUAAUUAUGACAAAAGCGGGUAAAUAAUUUAACGAAUGUAAAACAUUACUGUAACAUUAACUAUAUCAAAAUAUCCCUUAACGUACAACAUUAAAAUUAAGAAUGUUGAUUACUAAAAGUAUACAAUUUAAUAAUAUAUUAGUGACCAGAAUUACUAAUAUUAGGUCUUUAGCUUCAUAUCGAAAAUAUAGUAAUAGCAAGGAGAAGAAAUUUAAGGGGAAAUAUGACGUUAUAAUAGCUGGUGGUGGAAUGGUGGGCUGUACUUUAGCAUGUGCUAUCGGAAAGAAUUCCUUACUUUCGAAUUUGAAAGUUCUGUUAUUAGAAAGUAGUCCGGAUAAAAAAUUUCAACUAAAAUCAGAAUAUAGCAACAGAGUAGUAGCAUUAAAUCAAAGUACGAAAUCUUUUAUGAACUCCUUAGAAGUCUGGCAACAUGUAGAAAAAAUGAGGCUACAGCCAGUAAGGCAUAUGCAAGUUUGGGAUGCUUGUUCAGAUGCCUUAAUAUCAUUUUGCAGUUCUGACAUUUUAGACGAUGACAUAACAUACAUUGUAGAGAAUGAUGUUUUACUUGAAAGUAUUAAUAAAGAAUUAAAAUCAUCAAUUAAAAAUGUGGAAAUAGUUUAUGGAGCUAAGGUGAUUGGAUAUGAGCUAUCAAAAGGAGGUCAUGAUUCGCAAGGAAAUAUUGUCAAAAUGCAUAAUGGUGAUACCUACUCAUGUGAUCUAUUGAUCGGAGCAGAUGGCGCUAAGUCAGCAGUUCGUGAAGCUAUGGGAGUACAAUAUCUUUCCUGGAAUUACGAUCAAAUGGGUAUUGUUGCCACACUGCAAUUGGCCGAGGAAACGACAAACACGACAGCAUGGCAACGGUUCCUGCCGACCGGGCCUAUUGCGUUUCUUCCUCUCAAUCCGACGAUGAGCUCCCUCGUCUGGUCGAUGACUAAUACGCAAGCGAAAGAAUUGCUGAACUUGCCAGAGGAAAGAUUUGUCGACGCCAUCAAUGAUGCCAUGUGGAAACAAUACCCUCGGAGCAGCGCGGUGGAUGCCUGCACGUCUUGGUUGGGUUCUUGGUUGAAGCGUUUCAAUCUGCCAGACGGGGCUGAGAGGCAAUUGCCGCCAAGUAUUAAGUCUAUCGUCACGGAUUCUAGAGCUGCUUUCCCUCUAGGCUUCGGCCACAGCACGAAGUAUAUCGGGCCAGGUGUUGCUCUUAUAGGCGACGCAGCUCAUCGUGUCCAUCCCUUGGCUGGACAAGGAGUGAACCUAGGUUUUGGGGACGUAAAGGAGCUGAUAAAUUUCCUAUCUGAUGCUAUUUAUACUGGGCUUGAUAUCACUCAUCCAAAUUGGAUGGGAAAAUAUGAAAGCUCACGCCAAAGACACAAUGUGCCCACGCAACUGGCCGUCGACGCGCUCAGCCGUCUGUACGGAAUGGAUCUACCGCCCUUCGUCCUCGCACGCAGUAUUGGGUUGCAGCUGACAAACGCUUUCCAUCCUAUCAAGAAAAUGAUAAUGUCUCAUGCUGCAUAGAAAAAGAAGUUGCACGCGUCGAGUAUUUAUAAGAAUGGUAUUAAAUAUAAAAUAUGAUUGUAAUUGUUGGAAAAAUAAAAUUGUUUAUAUAUUA